ACACGGGGUGGGGGGGGAGGGGAGGAGGAUGACUCUGCACUUGUAGCGCUGCUGCUGCAAGCCGUAGAAUCAUACGGCGACGUCUCUGUGCCUCCUCGUGCAGGGAGAACCGCGGGUUGUUGGAAUCACCGGGUGCGGGGGUGCUUUUGGCAGAGGAGAUUUCGCGGUUACCUCGGUGGACGGGGGAGCUCAGAGGUGCGCCAUGGGGCUUACGGGUUCGGAAUUUCGUCGCUGAUUGUGAGAGUUUGCACCGAAGCUAAGGCGAUUUUCAAGGGUAGGGGUUCGGAGUCUGAGAUCGCUUGUGAUAAUGGUGGGAGGCGCGCCAGAAGCUGUCAAUCGUAUUCAUAGAAUGACUCUGAGAUAUCAUGUUGAGUUUGAGAGACUGAUACUCUGAAGGAAUUGUGCAAAUGAAACUAAGACAUGCUGAGGACGAUGACACUGACGUUUCUGAGAUACACGCAAGAAGAGCUUCUGAGGUGUGGUUUAUCAUAUACAGAUCAAGUGAUAAUGCUCUUGCUACAUGAUAUCACAAUUGGUAGCUCGAUUAUCACAAAAGUUUAGUAGAAGAAUGUUGAGACAUAACAUUUUAUGGAACUAUUGAAGGAAGCUCUAAAAGCUGGUUUAGUGGCUUCAUUAAGGGAUGGUACAUUUCGAGGUUCUGGAACAGAUCAGGUCAGUUGCCUGUAAGUGAGCGGGCUUAGAACACAAGGUGAUGGUGUGGUAUUGGGAUGCGGGAGUUCCAGAGAUUGCUCCAUUUUAGGAGACUGGCGAUGCAGAGGUAAUAAGCUGAGGAGUUCCCCUGAACAUGAAGGGCUACUCAGAUUCAGUUGAAAGCGUGAUGUACAGAUAGAAAAGGAUUCCUCUUAUAGACUUUUUAAUUGAGAUUUGAUAAUGAUAUGAACAGCAGGGGCUUUAAGUGCUAUCCAGUCCAUUUAUCAGGAGACGACAUGGGUUGUAGUGCCUCUGCAACUCAAUAAUAUACUUCCAUAUCAAUCCACUGCAUUCAAAAUGCCGACAGGAGGUGGCACACUGCCAGAAGUAGAAAAGCGGACGUAUCCUUUAGUAGCUUCAGAAUACAAGCUUUAUGAAGAAGUCGGACAGGGUGUAAGUGCGAUAGUUUAUAGGGCCCAUUGCGUUACAUACAAUGAGAUUGUGGCGAUUAAGAGCUUGGAUCUCGAAAAAUGCAACAGUAAUCUGGAUGAUAUACGCCGCGAGGCUCAGACAAUGAGCCUAAUUAAUCAUCAGAAUGUGGUGAAAGCAUACUGCUCCUUCGUUGUUGGCCAAAAUCUUUGGGUAGUUAUGCCUUACAUGGCAGGUGGAUCAUGUUUGCAUAUUAUGAAAGCGGCUUAUCCAGAUGGUUUUGACGAGCCUGUCAUUGCAACUGUACUGAAGGAAUCCUUAAAAGCACUUGAGUACCUUCAUCGUCAGGGCCAUAUUCAUCGAGAUGUGAAGGCAGGAAACAUAUUAGUUGACUCAAACGGAUCUGUGAAGCUUGGAGACUUUGGUGUUUCAGCAUGUAUGUUCGACACUGGUGAUAGACAGCGGUCCAGGAAUACCUUUGUUGGAACACCUUGCUGGAUGGCACCUGAAGUUAUGGAACAACUGAAUGGUUACGAUUUCAAAGCCGACAUAUGGUCUUUUGGAAUAACUGCUCUGGAGCUUGCUCAUGGUCAUGCACCUUUUUCCAAGUACCCUCCUAUGAAGGUGUUGCUGAUGACUUUGCAAAAUGCUCCUCCUGGGCUGGAUUAUGAGCGCGAUAAAAAAUUUUCCAAGUCUUUCAAGGAGAUGAUUGCAAUGUGCUUAGUAAAGGACCCAGCCAAACGGCCUACUGCUGAGAAGCUUUUGAGACAUUCAUUUUUCAAGCAGGCUCGCUCAUUAGAUUAUAUCUCUCGUCAUAUUUUGGAGGGAUUGCCACCUCUAGGAGAGCGUGUGAAAAAUCUCAAGAUCAAAGAUGCCAAUCGGCUAGCUCAAAAGAUCCAGCCGUACGAUGAGCAAGAAGCUCAAUCUCAGAAUGAAUACAAGAGAGGAGUCAGCGCUUGGAAUUUCAAUGUUGAAGAUUUGAAGGCUCAAGCAGCAUUGAUUCAAGAUGAUGAAGAAAUUGUAGUCGCUAAAGUUUUAAAGAUUGCUGUGGACAAGGAAGUUGAAGAGAUUUCUCAAGCUCCAGUUACUCCAUCAAAAGAAGAAAUCACGGAGGCCGACUUGCAUUGUUUAUCCCCAUUGGCUCAGCCGCCACUUUGUCAUGAAUCUUCGUCCGACAGAAUUCAAUUACCAGUUACCAUUCAUUCAAUCAUUGCCGAGACCACAAAUGAUGCAGGAGAACGAGUUACAAGAAUCAGAUCUGGACCCCUUCCAAAUCCAGGACAAUCUAAAUCUGCAAAUAUAUCUAGGACUGCACCACUAUCUAGCAGGAAAGAGCCUAAGCAUAUUGGUCGGUUUGAUGUCUGGGAUGACCAUGACGGUGAGAGUCCUAGUUGGCAUGGUUCUCCGAGGGAAAGUCGGAAAUCAGAUGAGACACGUAAGGAAAGGGAGGACCGAGAGCAACGACGAGGUGAUGAUAAGGAUAGAAAGGAAGAAAGGGACCCAAGACGUCCCGAUGAGCGUUCAGAAAAAGAUGAAAUACGUCGCGUUGGCAGCGAGCGUAUUCUGUCGUCAAUCCGUGGGCUCACCACUUUGGACGAAAGAGAUCGUGACAGCAGGGAUAAGGAUCACCGUCAAGGUGGACGAAGUGGUGAAGAUUCUAGUCGUGUUGUGCAACGUGAACGGCCAUUCACUGGAUCCGGAAAUAUCAUCUCUGACCGCUCCAAUUUUGACCAGAAAGCAAUAAAUGGAUCGCAAACAUCCAGUAUGUCGAGGCAAUCAUGCGGAACCAAAGAGGUGUCAGAUGAAAAGGUUAAGGCUCCUGUCCAGAAAGGACCUGUACUUCAGAAAGGACGCUUCUCCGUGACAUCAGAUGAUACAGACUUCGAGGAGUCACCUCAUUUGAGCUCCCGAAAGUCCUCAAACACACAGGCAUCACUUCCCAAGUCUGCUAGUACUGGCGACUUUAUGUCCGCUGAACGAAGGCUUCCUCAUACGCCUGUUUUGCAGCAUUCGCCCUCUUCGCAGCAUAUUUCUUCUACUAGUGGGCAAGCAUCACAACAGAAUUCUCAUGUCACAACACCAAUAGCAACUAUUCUUCCUCAACUCCAGCAAAUCCUUCAUCAUGGACAAAAACAGCAGGAUAGUUUAUUACACCUCAUUCAGAGUCUCAGCCCACAAGACGCUGCCAGCGUCUGUUCUGUUAGCUCUAUGUCCAGAUUUUCACGAACUUCAAGUACAAACUCAGCAAUCGAACAUUCGAUGGAGGUAUCAACUGACAGGGAGCGUGAACUUCUACAUCAAGUUUCAGAACUUCAGUCCAGGAUUGCAACCCUUGUGGACGAGCUGCAAGCUGUAAAACUCAGGAAUGUUCAGCUUGAGCGGCAACUAAAUGCCAUCUACAACAAAGAGGAAGAAGAACGGAUACGUAAGGAGGAAGCUGCUAAGGGAGAUAGAUAACAGUAAAAUGACUUAGCGCCUUCACCAUUACUGGCUGUCGAGAUCUGUGGAGCCAACCGAUAUUCAAUCGUUACGUUGGUUCUGGGGCUCGAAGCCAGUUUAUCAUUCAGUGAUACAUGUUAUCAUUUCCUGAGGGCCAAGUUAUUUUAGGUGAUGAGAGUAUUUUAGGCGCAACACAAGAAUUUGGUUGAAGCUGUCAGCAGCAUCUACAGAAAAGCUUUCCAAAUGGGAGACUGGUUACCGUCUCCUGUGCUUCGAACCAAGAGGUGUUUCGUACAUGCAUACACAUAGUAUAUUUUCAGUUCGUGUGCAGUUGAGCCGUCCGGAGGCUCUGGGGUUUUCAACUCAUAUCAACCUUCAGAGAGUAGAAUUUCGAGAAUUUCCUUUAGCAUGAAAUUGUCUUGAAUAUUUUCAUGAAGCUGUUACGGAUCAAGAUGCUUCUGCAAUUUUUCGUGAUCAGCGGAGGAUCUUUAUCCGUUGUACUCCCAAUUCCCAAAAAUAACACGUCAAGUAACAAUUCUUAACUUGUUAUCAAAAGAUGUUAUUUUCAGGA